AUGACUAUCGCGCACCGGUCAGAGCCAGCAUCGUGUCCGCCUCAGUGCAUCCUUCAUCCCAGCUACGCCCGUGGAUCUGCAGCCGUGGAUCAGCGCCCGUGGAUCAGCGCCCGUGGAUCUGCGGCCGUGGAUCUGCGCCCGUGGAUCUGCAGCCGUGGAUCUGCGGCCGUGGAUCUGCAGCCGUGGAUCAGCGCCCGUGGAUCAACGCCCGUGGAUCAGCGCCCGUGGAUCAGCGCCCGUGGAUCAGCGCCCGUGGAUCAGCGCCCGUGGAUCAGCGCCCGUGGAUCUGCGGCCGUGGAUCUGCGCCCGUGGAUCUGCGGCCGUGGAUCUGCGGCCGUGGAUCUGCAGACAAUACUGAGCCCAGAGCAGGUCCAGGACGACGGCGAAGUCCAACACCGGGAAAAACAACUGGGGUUAAAAAUAUAA